AGCGACUGUUUUGAAUACGGAAGUUGUGAUUCAGUCGUCAGCAAGUAAUGAAUAUGAAUUAGGCCGGGAAUAAUUCGUUGUGACUGUCAGCUAAUUUGCGUAAAGACAAGACAUAGUUAUCAUUUUUUAGACUAAAGAGACAGGGAGUGUGUGUAAUAGAAAUGUCAGACAGCAGCAGCUCAGUCGGCCUGCUGUCAUAUGAAACACUGGUGCAUGCUGUGGCAGGUGCAAUGGGCAGUGUUACAGCAAUGACAGUGUUUUUCCCUCUGGACACAGCCAGGAUCAGACUUCAGGUGGAUGAAAACCGUAAGUCCCAGUCCACCCCUGUCAUUCUGGCUGAGAUAGCGAAGGAAGAGGGCAUAUUAUCUCUGUAUCGUGGCUGGUUUCCUGUCAUUUCUAGCCUGUGCUGCUCUAACUUUGUGUACUUCUACACAUUCAACACAUUGAAGAGAGUGAUGGUCUCAGACCGGUCCAAGCCCAGCAAAGAUUUGCUUAUGGGCUUCAUAUCAGGAGCUGUUAACGUGCUCCUGACGACCCCCAUGUGGGUGGUAAACACACGACUGAAGCUUCAGGGGGCAAAGUUCAGGAACGAAGAGCUCCAUCAGACCCACUAUAAGGGAAUAUUUGAUGCCUUCUCCCAGAUUAUAGCCAACGAGGGAGUGGGAACGCUGUGGAACGGGACACUGCCGUCUCUCGUGCUGGUGUUUAACCCCGCUGUGCAAUUCAUGUUCUACGAGGCCAUGAAACGAAGGGCGGGACGUGGAGGCAGGAAGAUAUCGUCAUUUGAGAUCUUUCUCAUCGGUGCCAUCGCUAAAGCCAUCGCAACAACUGCAACGUAUCCUCUGCAGACAGUUCAGGCCAUUCUGAGGUUUGGCCAGUAUAAAUCAGACGGUAAAGGGGGUCUAGCGGGCAGCCUGAAGAAUGUGGUUUCUUUGCUAAUGGACCGAAUCAAGAGGCACGGGCCGUUGGGUUUGUAUAAAGGUCUAGAGGCGAAGCUGCUCCAGACUGUGCUGACGGCCGCCCUCAUGUUCGUGGUGUAUGAGAAGAUCACCGCUGCCACCUUCAAACUCAUGGGCAUCCAGAAGAAACUCAAGCACUGAGAUUCGGUCAGCCUUCACCACUGAGCCACGUACACACUAACAAUUGACUGAUUGAUGACUACCUCUAAUACACACACCCUCAGGAGGAGCUCCACAUAUCCCAUCAGCCAUUGCUCCGCUAGCACGGGUUAAUCUGGGUACGGUUUCAGUCUUCAGUCUUACCACAACAAAGGUCAGUUUAAAGCAAAAAAAGCAUUUAUGUACUUUUAGUUUGUAACAUAAUUCUUUUAAUAAGUUUACAUGUUCAAGUUUCUUUUAUCAGAGUCUUAGGUAAAAUGGUUACUGAUGUAAAACUUCUUAAACGAUUAGUUUACAUCCAGAGUAAAAAUGUCCUGAUGAUUUACUCACCCCCAUGUCAUCCAAGAUCUUUAAGUCUUUCUUUAGUCAAAAAGAAAUUGCUUUUUGAGGAAAACAUUCCAGGAUUUUUCUCCAUGUAGUGGACUUCACUGGGGAUCAGCAGGUUAAAGGUCCAUAUUACAGUUUCAAUGCAGCUUCAAAGGCUCUACAUGAUACCAGAUGAGGAAUAAGGGUCUCAUCUAGUGAAACAAUUGAUCAUUUUUACGCUCAAAUGCUCAUCUUGCACUAGUUUGGUUCAAAAAGGUAGGGUAAGGCAAAAAAAACUCAUUUUCUGAUUUUCUCCUCCAACUUCAAAAUGAUCUGACGUUGUUUUACCUUUUCUUGUAAAGUGCGCUUUACUUUCUUUGCAUGUUCGCUUUGUAAACACUGGGUUGGUACUUCUGCCUACGUCACGUGCGACCUUUCCAACAUGAUUACGUAAUUUGUGUCAAGCAUUUGUGGUUAACAAGUAUAUACAUUU